AUAAUCGACAAAAAUCAUUUAGCACAGAAGAGAGAGAGAGAGAGAGUGAGAAGGACAAGGAGAAGAAGAAGAAGAAGAUAGAGUACAAGAAGAAGAGAUGGAACAAGAAGAGCACGAAGUUUACGGUGCAGACAUUCCUGAUGAAGAGGUUGACAUGGACGCUGACAUAGAUGCUGAACAACAAGAAGGAGAUGAAGAACUCGCUUCCAAUCACACCACCAAGGAAUUGGAAGACAUGAAGAAGAGGCUGAAAGAGAUCGAGGAAGAAGCUAGCGCUCUUCGCGAAAUGCAAGCUAAGGUUGAGAAAGAGAUGGGCGCUGUUCAAGAUCCUGCUGGGUCUUCUGCAACUCAAGCUGAAAAGGAGGAAGUUGAUGCUCGAUCGAUCUAUGUCGGUAAUGUUGACUACGCCUGUACACCUGAAGAAGUCCAACAGCAUUUUCAGUCCUGUGGUACUGUGAACAGAGUGACAAUACUGACAGACAAAUUUGGCCAACCGAAAGGAUUUGCUUACGUAGAAUUUGUUGAGGUAGAUGCUGUUCAGAAUGCUCUCAUUUUAAAUGAAACUGAAUUGCAUGGCCGACAGCUAAAGGUGUCUGCGAAACGUACAAAUGUGCCUGGAUUGAAGCAGUAUUUUGGUAGAAGACCUGCUGGAUUCCGAGCAAGGAGGCCUUUCAUGCCUUCACCAUUCUAUCCACCAUAUGCUGCUUACGGAAGGGUUCCGAGAUAUAGAAGACCAACCCGAUACCGGCCAUACUAGUUCUCAUUCUCAAUUUAAUAGGUGGUUACAUCUUUAUGAUAAAGAUAAGGACAGAUCACUAUUAAUUUGCCAUUGUAAGAAUAAUGUUUAGUUGAUGAAACAAGAACAUGAAGCUUCUUUUAGACAGUGGAAGUUAAAUGCCCUUGACUGUUAGGGAUGUACAUGUAUGAUAUCGACAAAGUAGGUUGAUCGGUUGUUACAGAGUUUGAGUGCUCCCCGAGUCCUGGGCACUUGAGGUUUACAUAUGCCUCAAUGGAGGCAGCUAUGCAGGGAAAAUUCUCAAUACUUUACUAAGUUUAUUAGUUUGAACUUCUAGAUACUAUUCAGAUCAAUGUUGGUUUUGUUGUGUUUUAUUUUCAGAAAAUUAUAUGAAUUUUGGUGUUUGAA